AAGGGGAGGGAGUGGGGGAGGGAGAGGGUUGACUGACACAACAAGCUUAGCUCUCAAUGACAUUGGUAAAGCAUGUAGAGCGGAGAAACAGCUGUGUCACACACACACACACACACACACACAGAGCGAGGCAUCUGACGGACUGACGAGCCAAGGCUGCAGUCACACAGCGAGAGGGGGAGCGAGCAGACAAGCCAGACACACGGGGCUUAGCUAAAGAUCGCUGGCUGGACACGGCAGAGAGUCACCACCAUGCCCAAAGCAGCAGGCGACACGAAGCCAGAAGAUGUCUCCACCGCCAUCCUCCAGCAGAAACACCGGCCCAACCGCCUCAUCGUGGACGAGGCCAUCAACGACGACAACAGCAUUGUCUCACUCUCCCAGGUUAAAAUGGACGAGUUGCAGCUUUUCCGUGGGGACACGGUGUUGCUGAAGGGGAAGAAGCGGAGGGAGACAAUUUGCAUUGUCCUGUCCGACGACACGUGCAGUGAGGAGAGGAUCCGGAUCAGCAGGGUGACCCGAAACAACCUACGAGUGCGACUGGGGGACGUUGUCAGCAUCCAUUCGUGUCCAGAUGUGAAGUACGGAAAGCGGAUUCACGUCUUACCCAUUGAUGAUACGAUCGAGGGGCUAACUGGAAAUUUGUUUGAGGUGUAUCUGAAGCCCUACUUUCUGGAGGCCUAUCGACCUGUCCACAAAGGAGACAUCUUCCUGAUCCGGGGGGGUUUGCGGGCGGUGGAGUUCAAGGUGGUGGACACUGACCCUUCACCACACUGCAUCGUGGCACCAGAUACUGUCCUACACUGCGAGGGUGAGCCCAUCAAACGAGAGGAUGAGGAGGAGAACCUCAAUGACGUUGGCUACGAUGACAUCGGAGGGUGUCGCAAACAACUGGCACAGAUCAAGGAGAUGGUGGAGUUGCCUCUUCGCCACCCAGCCCUCUUCAAGGCCAUCGGAGUCAAGCCUCCACGGGGAAUCCUGCUCUAUGGAUCACCAGGAACCGGGAAGACACUUGUGGCUCGAGCUGUAGCCAACGAAACCGGGGCUUUCUUCUUCCUUAUCAAUGGUCCGGAGAUCAUGAGUAAACUGGCCGGGGAGUCGGAGAGUAAUCUGAGGAAGGCCUUCGAGGAAGCAGAGAAGAACGCUCCAGCUAUCAUCUUCAUCGAUGAAUUGGAUGCCAUUGCCCCAAAGAGGGAGAAGACCCACGGGGAGGUGGAGCGCCGGAUUGUGUCCCAGCUCCUGACACUGAUGGACGGACUGAAGCAACGGACACACGUCAUAGUCAUGGCGGCCACCAACCGGCCAAACAGCAUUGAUCCGGCCCUCCGGAGAUUCGGUCGCUUUGACCGGGAGAUCGACAUCGGGAUCCCAGACUCCAUCGGUAGGCUUGAGAUCCUGCAGAUUCACACCAAGAACAUGAAGCUGGCGGAUGACGUGGAUCUGGAGAAGAUCGCGCACGAUACCCACGGGCACGUGGGCGCGGACCUGGCAGCCCUCUGCUCCGAGGGAGCCCUACAGGCCAUCCGCAAGAAGAUGAGCAUCAUCGACUUGGAGGACGACACCAUCGACGUCAACAUCCUAAACUCCAUGUCCGUGACCAUGGAUGACUUCCAGUGGGCUCUGGGCCAGAGCAACCCCUCGGCUCUUCGCGAAACGGUGGUUGAGGUUCCGACGGUCACCUGGGAAGACAUUGGAGGGCUGGAGGAGGUGAAGAGAGAGCUGCAGGAACUGGUGCAGUACCCAGUGGAAUACCCGGAAAAGUUCCUGAAGUUCGGCAUGACCCCGUCCCGUGGCGUUCUAUUCUACGGGCCACCCGGCUGCGGGAAGACCCUGUUGGCAAAGGCUAUUGCUUCCGAGUGCCAGGCAAACUUUGUCUCCAUCAAGGGGCCAGAGCUACUCACCAUGUGGUUCGGGGAGUCAGAGGCCAACGUCCGUGAUGUCUUUGACAAGGCUCGGCAGGCGGCUCCUUGCAUCUUGUUCUUCGACGAGCUGGACUCCAUCGCCAAGUCCCGCGGAGGGAGUGCGGGGGACGGAGGGGGGGCCGCGGACAGGGUCAUCAACCAGAUCCUGACGGAAAUGGAUGGCAUGUCCAACAAGAAGAAUGUCUUCAUCAUUGGAGCAACAAACAGACCUGACAUUAUUGAUCCAGCCAUCCUAAGGCCGGGGCGUUUGGACCAGCUGAUCUAUAUCCCGCUGCCCGAUGAAAAGUCAAGGAUGGCCAUCCUGAAAGCCAACCUCAGAAAGUCUCCAAUUGCAAAGGGUGUUGACCUGGUCUACCUGGCCAAGAUAGCACAUGGCUUCUCGGGAGCUGACCUGACGGAGAUCUGCCAGAGGGCGUGCAAGCUGGCCAUCCGCGAGUGCAUCGAAGCGGAGCUCAAGAGGGAGCAGGAACACAGGAGCAACCCUGACAUUGCCAUGGAGGAUGACUACGACCCUGUCCCUGAGAUCCGCUCCGUCCACUUCGAGGAGGCCAUGAGGUUCGGCCGCCGCUCGGUCAGUGACAACGACAUCAGGAAGUACGAGAUGUUCGCCCAGACACUGCAGCAGAGCCGCGGGUUCGGCAACUUCAGGUUUCCGUCCAACAGCCAGUCAGCUGGCCAGGGGGGCGAUGGAGGCAGCGGAGGGAACCUGUAUCGCGAGGAAGGAGAUGAUGACCUCUACAACUGAGGAACUGGUCAGAGGUCAAGGUCGCCGGCUAGGAUCUGGAGCAGACUGACCCCCCCCCCCCCUAAACCCCAUUGCCAUGGCCACCAAGCUUGCAGGAAAGAUGAGCAUUAUCUGCGAUGGUCUGGACACCAAGUGUUGCUUCAUGUCGGGUCCUCUGGCCAGAUGCCCACUGUCCACUCCCACCGUCUGCCUUUGAUUAGGGGCCGGUGUGAGUUCACCGAUCAGCACUUUGUACAGCACUCACCCCAUGUCCUGUGUGUAUGUGCGUGUGUAUGUGCCCGCAUGUGUGUGUGUGUGUGUCUGUGUGUGCACGCAUGCCUGUGUGUGUGUGUGUGUAUCUGUGUAUGUUUGUCUGCUUGUAUGUCUGCGUAUGUGCCCAUGCAUGUGUGUGUGUGUGUGUCUGUGCGUUUGUGUGUGUGUCUGUGUGCGCGCAUUUGUGUGUGUGUGUUUAUCUGUGUAUGUUUGUCUGCUUGUAUGUCUGCGUAUGUGCCCAUGCGUGUGUGUGUCUGUGUGCUCGCAUUUGUGUGUGUGUGUGUGUAUCUGUAUGUUUGUCUGCUUGUAUGUCUGCGUAUGUGCCCAUGCAUGUGUGUGUGUGUGCGUGUGUGUGUGUGUGUCUGUCUGUGUGCGUUUGUGUGUGUGUGUCUGUGUGCGCGCAUUUGUGUGUGUGUCUGUAUGUUUGUCUGCUUGGGUGCCUGUGUGUGUGUGUAUGUGUAUGUGCACGUGUGUGUGUGUGCAUGCGUGUGUCUGUAUGGGUGCGUGUCUGCGCGCAUGUGUGUGUGUAUGUUUGUCUGUUUGGGUGUCUGUGUGUAUGCAUAUGCAUGUCUGCACGCAUGUGUGUGUGUAUGUUUGUGUGCACGUGUGUGUGUUCAUGCAUGUGUGUGUGUGUGUGCAUGCGUGUGUCUCCUCGCUCCCUGUACAUCAUGGCCACAUGUGAACUGUACAUUAGAUGUCUGACAAUAAUAUUAAGAACAAACGACCUCCAAGAACAAAUGACCAUUUUCCUGGGGCAGAACAUGGAGGAACUCAGCGGGCCUGGGUACCAUCUGUGCAGGGAAUGGAUGGGUGACAAUUUGAUUUGAGAUCCCCUCUACAGAUGAUGCCUCAACCACUGAGUUCCUCCGGCACUUUGUGUUUUGUUUGAGAUUCCAGCAUCUGCAGUUCCUAGACGACUCCAUCUUACCGAGGUGCUUUUUGCAGUGUAGUUCUGAAUUAUUAAUGCUUUUCAACCAUUUCCAAUAGGGGAAAAAAAUUAAAGUAUCAAUGUAGACCCAU